AUGUCGGGUAGGCAAGAUGAUGCUACAGGACAGGAGCACUGGGAACCAUCCACCCCUGAACAGGAUGAGGAAAUUGGCGACCUCGAGUCACACAAUAUUCCAGCUAUCCACUCGAUGGGCACCGCGAUAAACGACGUCGAGGAGUUUGAGGAUAUCCAUUUGCAGAAUAGCCAGGAAUAUGAAUUGGAUUAUGAGGAGCAAGAAGAAAGGUCUUAUGGAUGGUUGUUAAAUCCCAACAACGAGGCAGUCUUACAAACUGGCUCGUUGGAGCAUAAUAAACGAGCUCCUUUCUGCAAUGCUACCCUGCAGUCUUGGCAAACGGGUGGACAUAACACUUUUACAGACCUUCGAGAAGAUAAAAUAUCUUCACAAAUGGGAGGCGUAAUGGAAUCUGCUAAUAUGAUCAGAGAGAUAAGUACUAUAGAGGAAGAGAGGGAAGAUGAAGGGGGUACGGAAGGAGUGUAUGAAGGACGCCAGGCCCACACUCAAUGCUCAGUGGUGGCCGCGGUGGCUGAGGACUGGCUCGAUGCGGACAGCGCUAGUGGAUCCCGCAGUGCUCGGCCAGGCGAUCUCGAAGUAGGCCAGCCAAUGGCUACUAUCCCUGGCAGUUCGGCGAUCGAGGUUGUAGAGCCGGUUGUCGAUCAGCGCGCUGCUCCGCUCUUAUCUAUGACAGCUACCACGAUUUCACCGACUGUCAUACACACCGCAAAUGUGGCCAGUCAUGAUGUGGGUUUCGACACGCCCAGAGCAGUGACUGAAAGUGACCACGAAGGUAGACUAACAGAAUAUCAAGUGGCUUCAUCCCCUGGAGCUAUCGCAAAGGAAUCUAUAGAACCAUGCAUCACGGGCUCUAAUCAACUUUUAUCGUCCACGGGCAAACCGACCGGAGGCCUUGGGGCUACUGGAGGAGGACAAGCUUCUCCUGGCCUAUCGACAUCAGUUCCAACGGUUCAGAUAAAAGCAGCAGGUCGCGGAGUCGCAACAGAUCCUGGGCAGCCAGUGGGCCCAGGAACCACGGCGCCUCUGAGCACCGUUUCGGCCACAGCUUCAGUGGCUGCGCCAACGCCAACGGUGACAGCAAUUAUGAGAAAAGAUCGCCAGGCAGGUGCUACAGAGAAAAGACGAGAGGCGGUGGUUAUA